AUUUGUACACAGUUGGUUAGAUGAUCGAGUGAAAAUGAAGAAAACUCUAUCGAUUAGUGAAAGACCUGCACUGUCAAUCUGUUUUGACAAGUAUGUUUCACCAUGCCUUGAAAUUGUUCGUUAUCGAAUGAAACGUAUUACACCGAUACCUGAUUUAGCUCAUAUUCAAAUGUUAUGCUAUCUACUUGAAUGUAUAUUGGACAUACAAAGUAAAUCAAAAGAUACACGUGAAUUUACUAAAGAAAAUUAUGAAAUGUUAUUUGUCUUCUGUUGUGUUUGGUCAUUUGGUGGAUGUUUAUUUAAAGAUCAAUUGUGUGAUUAUCGUGUUGAAUUUUCAAAAUGGUGGCUGAAUGAAUUUAAACAAGUGAAAUUUCCAUCCGGUGGUACUAUAUUCGACUUUUUUUGGAGUUUAACAACACGAAAAUUUGAAAGUUGGUCAACACGUUUAACAAAAUGUGAACUAGAUCCUGAUAUACCAUUACAAGCUGCUUUAGUUCCCACAGUGGAAGUUGUCCGAUUACGUUUCUUCUUAGAUCUACUCAUUGAAGCUGGACAUCCUGUUAUGUUGGUUGGUUCAGCUGGAACUGGGAAAUCUGUUAUCCUACAGGAUAAAUUUUCAAGUUUAUCUGAAGAAUAUCUUGUGAAGAGUAUACCAUUCAAUUUUUAUACAACAAGUUUAAUGUUACAAGAAGUGUUGGAUAAAAGUUUAGAGAAAAAAGCUGGUAUGAAUUAUGGUCCACCAGGACAGCAUAGACUCCUCUAUUUCAUUGAUGAUUUAAAUAUGCCAGAGGUGAGUGCUCUUCUCAGUGUCAGUACUUUUUUGAGGGGUAUUGAAUGUUAA